AUGUUGCUGCGGAACAUCAGUAAGGCAGCGCGAGUCAUAAAAUCAGCUGGUGGAGAUAAUCCAUCGAAAGCAGCGCUAAAAUUGACAUCUCAAGCUGUGAAACGAGUGAAAUAUUUACUUGACAAGAAACCUGGAAUGACAGCUCUGAAAAUAAGUGUCAAGCACAGUGGUUGUAGUGGAUUAACGUAUACUCUUGAUUAUGCCAUCAAAAAAGAAAGAUUUGAUGAAGAAGUUGUUCAAGAUGGUGUACGCUUAUGGAUCGAUCCUAAAGCGCAGUUGACUAUAUUAGGUAGUGAAAUGGAUUAUGUCGAAGAUCGUCUAACAUCCGAAUUCAUUUUUCGAAAUCCCAAUAUUAAAGGUACUUGUGGAUGCGGUGAAAGUUUUAGCGUGUGA